AUGGACCACCAGUUCGUCAUGGACCCGGUAAGAGGUGUGGCCUCUUCCAGAGAAAAUUCAACACCGCUGUGGUGCGACCCACGCCUUGUGCCCGCCUAUGUCUCUGUCUUGUCAAUUAUCGUCGCUGCCUUCUCUGUGGUCAAAGCUACUCUGCAGAAGGUCACUCCUGAUACCAGCAAAGACGCACAUGGCCUCGACGCACCGCAGAAAGGCCUGCAUGGCCACAUAUCCUCACAUGGCGGGACCACCAUAUACGCCUUCAAGAUUGUGCGGACCCUCUGCGUCCUCAUCCUGCUCGCGCUCUACGCACACGAUCUCGCGCACGACGCCCCCUCGAACUUUACAUCAAGGGACAAGGCCUUGAAACUCAUACUCUUCCUGACCUCACUUUACGCGUCCUUUCUUGCCCUCUUGGACGUCGCUGCUCGAUCUGAGGUAACACGCCCAGGCGCGCGACACUUGAUCGUGAUUCUGCUCGCCAGUUGCGCUGUGUACGGCUUCCGCGACAUAUGGCCCUUCAUGACCUAUACGCUUGAACCGCAGGAUAAGCUAGGAGCUCUUCUGUGGAUCAAGCUCGCACUCUUCGCACUGGCCGGUGUUAUCAUCCCCUUAACCAUUCCUCGGCGAUAUAUCCCUCUGGACUCUGAGAAUCCCGCCGAAGAACCGAGCGCAGAGCAAACGUGUUCUCUAUUAUCCUUGCUCACGUAUAGCUUCUUAGACAGGAUCAUCUACGCGACGUAUAGUAACCCGCAACAGGCGUCGAAGGCUGUGCCCUCCCUCGCGGACUACGACCGCACAGCACAUCUUGUUGAUCGUAGCUUCAAACACCUAGAUGUCUUCUCGGGCGCUCGGCAGCAGCACGUCUUCUUCGCUCUUUUGCGCGUCUUCAGACGUGAGUCUCUGCUCAUAGCAGGCAUGAUGGUCAUUAGAGCAUGCACCACUCUGUUUGCGCCGCUCGGCAUCAACCGCCUGCUCGCGUACCUAGAAUCGGGCGGAGAAGGCGCUACGGUACGACCUUGGGUCUGGUGUCUCCUGAUGUUUCUGGGUCCGACUCUGAGCGCUGUCGCUCAGCAAUACUGCACCUUCAUUACUACCGCCACCAUUGUUCGCGUUGAGGGUAUACUGACCCAACUCAUAUUCGAGCAUGCACUGCGUCUCCGCGUCAAGACCUCGACAGGUAGCAUAGGGGACGAGGACGGCGAUCGAAAGGAGGAUCAUAUGAAGGACGACAACUUUGCCGGGAGAAUCAAUAACCUCGUUACAACAGACUUGCAGAAUUUGGCAGGCGGCCGCGACUCGGGCUUGCUCGUCAUCUACAUCCCCGCAACUAUCGCCGCCUCCCUAUACUUCUUGUAUGGUCUCGUCGGUUGGAGUAUCUUCGUUGGAUUGGCGGUCAUGAUCAUCUCUCUCCCCGUCCCAGGCUAUCUGGCCAAGCUGUUACACAGUGCUCAGCAAAACGCGAUGAAGAGCACAGACGCGCGUGUCCAGACGGUCACGGAAAUGAUGGCUGUGCUCAGGAUGAUCAAGCUGUUCGGCUGGGAAGGCAAGAUCGCGGAACGUCUCGAGAAAAAACGGGCAGAUGAACUCCAUUAUAUCCGACUUCUGGAGAUGAUACAGCUGUGCACGAACGGAAUAACUCUAUUCGUGCCCGUCUUUCAGAUGGUGUCCACGCUUUGGAUAUACACCAUCGUUAUGGGAGGCAGACUCACGCCGUCGAUUGUGUUCCCCGCAAUGUCUGUCUUUAUACUUCUCCGCAUGCAGAUUGACUGGGCGGUCUAUCUGACCGAGCCGGCCAUCAAAGGCAAAGUGUCUCUGGACCGCAUUACGGAUUUUCUGCGCGAAACCGAGGUGUUGGACCAGUACGAGUACGACCUUGAUAAGCGCGUUUCAGAGAAUCCAUUCAAGCGACUUUCGGACGAAUCGAUCAUCGGCAUGCGGAACGCUUCUUUCACUUGGUCGAAGCCGGCGGUAGUUAGUGGCAAUCAAUCUCCCGCGAGGCGCCUCUUCGCUCUGCACGUCCCAGGGGAGCUUACCUUCCAACGCGGCCGGAUCAACCUCAUCGCUGGCCCAACGGGCAGUGGCAAGACAAGCUUGCUUAUGGCGUUACUCGGCGAGAUGCACUUCGAACCGCUUGGCAUGGACGCAUGGGUCAAUCUACCGCGCGCAGGUGGUGUCGCCUACGCUGCACAGGAGAGCUGGGUUCAGAACGAGACGAUACGUGAUAACAUCGUCUUCGGUGCUCCAUUCGACGAGGCCCGUUACAGGAAAGUCAUCUACCAAUGCGGUCUAAAGCGCGAUCUGUUGCUCUUCAAAGCCGGGGAUCAAACUGCUGUAGGCGAGAAGGGUCUGACCCUAAGCGGAGGUCAGAAGGCCCGUGUGACGCUAGCUCGCGCGAUCUACUCCUCUGCGGACAUUCUGCUGCUCGACGACGUUCUCGCUGCACUGGAUGUGCACACGGCGAAGUGGGUCGUUGACACGUGCUUGAAAGGCGAUCUUGUCCACGGACGUACUGUACUGCUGGUGACGCAUAACAUCGCGCUCGCCGGGCCCAUCUCGGAUUGCGUGGUCGCUCUCAACGGCGAUGGCUCAAUUGCAGCCCGUGGAUCGUAUGCCGAGGUUUUGGGGGAAGAUGAGGAUCUCGCCCGCGAAGUCGCGCAGGAGAAAGAGAAUCUUAUGAAGGUCGGAGAGGUCGAGGAACCCGAAGUGCUGGGAGAAGCCGAGAUUGUCACAACCGGCGGCGAGUUCCUUGUGACAGAAGUUGUCGCCGAAGGAUACGUCUCUCUGCGCGCCCUGAAGCUCUUCUGGAUGGCCCUCGCCGGGAAGCACCCAGUGUUGUUUUGGACAAUGUUCCUUGGCGGUGUCCUGGCACAUCACGCCCUGGCAAACUUCCAGUCAUACUGGUUGGGUAUCUGGUCCGAUGCGUAUACGCGGCCAGGUCCUGUCGAUGCGACUUACUACCUAGGAUCCUUCAUCCUCAUCGUUUUCCUCACCGCUGCUGUCUGGGUGAUGGCCAUAGGGGUCUAUGUAUUUGGCGUCAUUCGUGCGGCAAAGAAAAUACAUGCUCUCCUCGUCGACUCGAUACUUGGCACAACUUUGCGCUGGCUCGACCACACACCAGUUUCGAGGGUGAUCACCCGAUGCACGAAAGACGUAAAGUCGGUAGACGGACAGCUCGCGCGAGCGUUCCGUGGUUUCAUAAACGUCAAUUCAGCGCUUAUCAUUCAGUUGACAUCCAUUUCACUCGUCACACCUGCUGUCAUUUUGCCCGGCAUCGCGAUUUUCCUCGUCGGUAUCUGGUUCGGGCAUAUGUACAUGCAGGCACAACUACCAGUGAAAAGAGAGAUGAGCAAUAGGAAGGCCCCAGUGCUGGGCCACUUCGGCGCAUCCAUCGCUGGUCUAGUAUCCAUACGAGCGUACAGUGCGCAGCAUGCAUUCCGCCGUGAAUCAUACAAGCGCAUCGAAGGCUACACGCGGUAUAGCCGUAUGUUCUGGAACCUCGAACUGUGGAUCGGUACACGCAAUGAUGCAUUAGGAGCCCUCUUUUCAUCUGGUCUUGGACUCUACAUGGUAUAUGGACCUAGCGGUGCUAUGAUCGGCGCUUCUAAGAUCGGAUUCUCCCUUACCAUAGCCAGUUUUUUCAGCUCUCAAAUCUUAUGGUGGGUUAGGCUAUUCAACUUGUUCGUGAUCGAAGGCAACAGUGUAGAGCGCAUCCAAGCGUACUUGGAGAUCGAACAAGAGCCGAAACCCUCACAUGAGAAGAUUCCCCCAGCAUCCUGGCCAACUAGCGGCGCCCUACGAGUUCAGGACCUCUCCGCGCGCUACUCUCCUGAUGGCCAAAAGGUGCUUCACGAACUCACAUUCGCCAUCGGUUCGGGUGAACGCGUCGGUAUCGUCGGUCGCACUGGCAGCGGGAAGAGUUCCUUGACUCUCGCUCUUCUGCGUUGCAUCCUCACCGAAGGCGAUGUCUAUUACGACGGCAUCAACACGGCUGACGUCAACCUCGACGCGCUUCGAACUGCUAUUACGAUCAUCCCACAGGUACCGGAGCUGCUGAGCGGAACACUGCGCGAGAACUUGGACCCCUUCGGAGAGUGCGACGACGUGGUGCUGAAUUCGGCUCUACGCGCUUCGGGUCUCUACUCGUUACACGACGAGAUGGAUAAGGGUCGUAUCACCCUUGACUCGCAAAUUGCCAGUGGAGGCAGCAACCUCUCCGUGGGACAACGCCAGAUCCUCGCUCUAGCGCGGGCGCUAGUGCGCGGCAGCAAGAUACUGAUUCUUGACGAAGCAACGUCGUCAAUUGACUACGCGACUGACGCAGUAAUACAGUCCUCCCUUCGAAAUGAACUUGGCAGCGAUGUGACUUUGCUGACUGUCGCACAUCGUCUACAGACUAUCAUGGACUACGAUAAAGUUAUGGUACUCGAUGCUGGCCGCAUCGUCGAGUUCAAUCGCCCCGCAAGUUUACUUGCUGCAGAGCGGGGCUUCUUCAAGUCACUCGUCGAUGAGAGCAGCGACAGAGAUGUGCUAUACACCAUGGUGGGCGCUUCGCUGUGA